AUGGGCAAGCCCAAGGCCAAGAGACUCAAAGCGUCGCACCAUGACUCAGAGGAUGCCGCGAGCGGCGCCGCAGCCAGCGCCAUCGCCGAAUCCUACAACGAGCAGAUACGUCCGCUCCUGGACGCUGUGGACCGCCUGCGCCACCUGAAGGUCACGCAGGAAGGCAUCCAGCUUCCGACCAUCGUCGUCGUCGGCGAUCAGUCUAGCGGCAAGUCGAGCGUGCUGGAGUCGCUUGCCGGCAUCAGCCUCCCUCGCGGCCAGGGCAUCUGCACCCGCGUGCCGCUCAUCAUGCGGCUUAAGGACGAUCUUUCCACCGAGGGGUCGGAGCCCGUGCUGCAGCUCGAGUACGGCAGCGGACGCGUCGUCACCACCUCGGAGGCCAAGGUCGCCGACGCCAUCGAUGAGGCCACCGCGGAGAUCGCCGGGUCUGGCAAGGGCAUCUCUGACGCCCCCAUCACUCUCGUCGUGCGGAAGCGCGGGGUGCCGGAUCUCACCCUCGUCGACCUGCCCGGCAUCACGCGCGUGCCCGUCAAGGGGCAGCCCGACGACAUCUACGACCAGGUCUCCAGGAUCAUCCAGGAGUACAUCGCGCCCAAGGAGAGCAUCAUUCUGAACGUGCUCUCCGCCACCGUCGACUUCCCGACGUGCGAGUCCAUCCGGAUGUCGCAGCAGGUGGACCGCAACGGCGAGCGCACGCUUGCCGUCGUCACCAAGUCCGACAGGGCCCCCGAGGGCCUUCUCGACAAGGUCACCAUGGACGACGUCAACAUCGGCCUCGGGUACGUCUGCGUCCGCAACCGCGUCGGCGACGAGACCUACGACCAGGCGCGCGCCGAGGAGGACCGGCUGUUCAAGAAGCACCCGCUCCUGUCCAAGAUCGACAAGUCCAUGGUGGGCAUCCCCGUGCUGGCGCAGCGGCUCAUGCAGAUCCAGGCGGCCAUCAUCGCCAAGUGCCUCCCCGACAUCGUCAAGCAGAUCAACGACCGCCUCAGCCGCAGCAGCGGCGAGCUCGAGCAGAUGCCACCGGAUCUCAACAACGUCGCCGACGCGGUGCGAGCCUUCUUCCACAUCGUCAAGCGGGCGUGCACGUCCCUGGAGAAGAUACUCGUGAGGGGCGAGUUCGAUGAGUACCCCGACGACCGCCACUUCCACGGCACGGCGCGUAUCGCCGAGAUGCUCAACGCUUACGCGAAGAAGCUGCCGGCGGAGUGCCCGCGGCGCGGCGGCGACCUGUUCCUGAUGGAGGAGGUGCACGUCCUGGAGGAGACAACGGGCAUCAAGCUCCCCGACUUCCUCCCAAGGUCGGCCUUCCUCGUCAUGCUGAAGAAAAAGGUGGAGACCGUCGUGCAGAUGCCGCACGACCUGGUCCGCGAGGUCUGGGACUACGUCGAGGACCUGACGGUGAAGAUACUGCUGCAUCACUCGGAGGACUUCCCGCAGGUGCAGCCGUCGUGCCGCCGAGCAGUGCAGGGCCUGAUGGACAAGGCCCGAGCGCAGUCGGCGCGGCACGUCAAGGAGCUGAUCGAGAUGGAGCUGGUGGCCGACUACACAUCCAACCCCGAUUACACCAAGACGUGGUCCGAGCUCAUGGAAGGCCACGGCAAGUUCAUGGAGGCGGUCAAGGACCAUUCGCAGCCCUCUGCCCUCACGCUGAAGGGCUUUGGGAGGGUGGAGGUGGCGCACAUGAGGAUACACGACGACCUGGCCGGGCAGGCGUUCGACCUACGGGCUCGCCUGGCGGCCUACUGGAGGAGCAUUGUGCUCCGCCUCGUGGAUGGGCUGGCGCUGCACGUCCUCCGCGGCGUCAAGCGGCUGGCCGAGGACGACCUCGAGGUGGCCUUGUCCGACGAGCUCCUGGGGAACAAGAUGGCCGGGGUCGAGCGGAUGCUCGCGUCGUCGCCCGCCACCGGCAGCAAGCGCCAGCGCCUCAAGAACAGCAUCGUGUUGCUUCAGCAGUCCAAGGAUGCCGUGGCUGACAUCAUGGACAGGAUUAGCGCGGUAGGGGAAGUGUAG